AUGGCACCCACCGACACGCUUCUGCAAGUAGCACGCCCCCAAGCGAAGUUUUUGCCGAAGCAGGUGGUUACGUUCUUUUUCAAGCGCCUAGUAAAUGACAACAACGACCCUACCGGCUACUUCGAAUGCAAGGCUUGCGGUCGGUCCCGCAAGCAGGUUGCCGGAACAGGUUACACCAAUUUGUCUCCAAUCUCUGUCGAUACGCUGCGAUUCAACAUGGAGGCGGUGACGCACGAAGUGGAGACCAUCAUCGGUGCCGAGAUGCCCAACGAAUUUGGGCUGAUGCUUGACGGGUGGAGCAACGGCAGUGAAUACUAUCUCGCCGUCUAUGCGGUUUACUCCAUCAAAGGCGGUGGGCACUAUCCCUUGCUGUCAAUGACACCAGUUGUCAACGAGCCAGAGAAUGACCGCGGGGCCGAGUCGCUUUUGGCGGCAAUCUCUAUUUUUCUUCCUUUUUCGGAAAAAAACGGUGAAACAAUGUCUAUUUCUUGUCGCCACCGCUUGAUCUUGGCGGUAAAGGCGUUGUUGGCUCUCUACGAGGCCGACGUCUGCGAAGUCCAACGUCUGAUGAAGCAACUCAAGACACUCAGUGAAGGUGCCAAGCUCAGGCUGGUGACGCCGCUUCGACCCGUACUUCGUCAACAGACGCGUUGGGGCUCAACGCAUGCCAUGCUGCGUCGGUAUUUUGAAUUACGUGGCUUUUUGUCCAUGGAUGACGAUGAAUUGGCGGAGUUUCUUCCAUCGCCGACAACCCGCAGCCGACCCAAAGCGCUCUUGAACGAGCUUUCGGACUGCGAGUCCGUUUCUCUGGCGCUACAAGGCGACGACGUUGAUCUUCUAGGGGCGCGCGACCUACUGGAUGGGCUCAUUGCAGUUAAGCCCAUUCUAAAAACCUACAUUGGAGCAUCUGCGAAUAUUAUUCACUCUCCUGCAUUCGAAUCUGGAUGCCGCAAGGGUCUAGCUGGUGAUGCAGCUAAAUUGUUGCGCGACGAGAAGACCGCUAUAGGGCCCUUUUUGCAAGGGGUAGAGUGCGAGCCACAAGUCGUGGCGCUGCAGAAGGAGGGUUUUGCUGAGCACAUUCUAAAAAAGAGCAAGGUAAAGCCAUGUGUUGCCUCUUACCCACUGGUGAGCGCAAUUCCGCCGACUUCCAACAGAGUGGAGCGUCUUUUCAGCGUGGCCCGAGCCAUGAUCGGACAUGAACGCCAAGCUCUUUCACCACUAGCUGUGGAAAUGCUGCUCUUCCUCCAGGUCAACGCUUCGUACUGGGAUGUUGAAGUUGUUGACAGGUGUGUGUAA